CACAUCCUCGGCGCGGCCAUUGAGGAAUAGUAGAGAAGUAGUCAUCCACUGUUUCUCUACACGCGCAGGUGGAUUGUACUGGAGAGGUAUGCUUCUACGUUCCUAGUUAUGGCAAAGUUGAGGUAGCCUCUUGCGGUAAAACGGUAAUUAUUGUCCGCGAGCACGCUGGUUCGGCUUGCGCUGUUGUAAGCAAUCAAUGUGUCGUUCUUAGUUGUUCCAAGUAUGACUAAGGUUCGUGAGUACAAUAAAUUUGUUUAGUAAGAAUUGGCAAUUCGACAUACUCUUCUAGAACAAAAAUGGUAGACCAUUCCACUUACGAACAGUCGCUGGCCACCCUUCUAGCUUGGCAACCGAAAGCACUGGACACAAAGAUAGGGAAUCCUGGUUGUAGCACCACGUUGACGCCACGACGGGUGAACUUUGUGCCACCGCCAUCAGCGCCAACGCCGCCUCAGCGGGAUGAGUUAUAUGACCCCCAAUUAGACGAUGAAGACGCCGCUUGGGUCGCAGAGCGUCGUACGAAAGCUGAUGACCAUUCACCUACAUCUCUGUCGCAGGAUGAAGAAGGAAGUAGUGGUGAUACUACAUGUACGAAAGGAAAUCAUGGUACUUCGGAAGCAGGAGCACAGCAUGGUAGCAGCAUCGUAGGAGGGAGACGAAAGCGAAGUCGGAGUCCAUCCCCUGGGAGAAAAAAUGGUGCUGAAAGCGGUGCAGCUGGAGGAAAUGCGCUGACCGGCAAUGCGGCUCUUUCCGAAGAUGUUAAUCCGCAAGAUGCAGAGGCCGUUAGUUGUCCUAAUUGUUUUUCGGAGUUAAGCGUUUGCGCCUUCCGGCAGUCAAGCGGUGGAAGUGACUCUUGGGUAGCUGCGCGAGCACGAGUGCGGGCCUUAGGCAAGGAAGAAAUCCGCAGGCACCAGUCCGAGAAUGACGCAGUAAAACCAUUUGCCUUUCACGCAGCAAGAAGCAGCGAAGUCCCUUGCGCGUGUGCAAAUUGUGGCGAGCCCUGUGGAUUCUACAACGCGUCGUUGCGCGGCGCUGGAGGUCGGCCGUAUCGACUGAUAAGAGUUCUGGGGGAAAGCGCGUGCUUCGAAGAGGAUGACUAGUAUCAAAAUUUUCCAAGUCAUGACCGAUAUUGGACACCACCCGAACAAACACAUGUCAAACAGUUGUAUCCUACUUGAUUAUAACCCAGGUUCAAGAUGGAUAUCCUACUUUUCCACGCAAGCAUUGAUAGUUUUUUUAUCACAGACGAAGCUGCCCCUGUUGAGUUCCGAAAAUAACUGGCUUGGAUUAACUUGUUCUCCGAAUCUUUUGGGUCGUCC